UAAUUGGUUGCCUGGCACUUAAUCUGUGGCAAGCAGGACAAUGGCUGCCAGCAAGAGCAAGAACCAGAGUUCCUUGGCCCUCCAUAAAGUAAUUAUGGUUGGCAGUGGAGGCGUGGGCAAAUCUGCACUCACUCUUCAGUUUAUGUAUGAUGAGUUUGUAGAAGACUAUGAACCUACCAAGGCUGACAGCUACAGAAAGAAAGUAGUUCUGGAUGGUGAAGAAGUUCAGAUAGACAUUCUGGACACAGCAGGACAGGAGGAUUAUGCAGCUAUCAGAGAUAACUAUUUCCGCAGUGGGGAAGGGUUUCUUCUAGUCUUCUCAAUAACAGAGCAUGAAUCCUUCACAGCAACAGCAGAGUUUCGGGAACAGAUCCUGCGUGUGAAGGCUGAAGAGGAUAAAAUCCCUUUACUGGUAGUGGGAAACAAAUCUGACUUGGAAGAGCGCAGACAAGUGCCUGUAGAAGAGGCUAGAAGUAAGGCAGAGGAGUGGGGUGUGCAGUAUGUAGAAACCUCUGCCAAAACUAGAGCAAAUGUAGAUAAGGUAUUUUUUGAUUUAAUGAGAGAAAUCAGAGCAAAGAAAAUGUCAGAAAACAAAGACAAGAAUGGCAAGAAAAGUGGCAAGAACAAGAAAAGCUUUAAAGAAAGAUGUUGCUUACUGUGAUGCUUGGGAACUGUAAAUAUCUACAGGUGGCAUGGAUAAGAUACCACAAAGGAUAUAGGGCUGGAUUCAUGAAAGGAAGUCUGUAUUGACUCCCUUAUCUCUUGCUUUGCAUAUCUCACCUUCAAAAUGUGAAAACAGAACUCUGAAACCAUUUCUGGUAUCCAACAAAAACCUAUGCCUACUUAAACUGAAAUGGGCUCUGUCUUCCCAGUGUCUUUCAAAACUAGAAACAGUUUCAGUACUACAAUCCUUCUGCUUGGUUAUACAAAGUACUUUCAUAUUAACUUGCUAGAUUACUCUAAUGUUUCUCUGAAUAUGUUUAUCUUGAACCUCUACUGGCCUUAACAAGAACAGCUGUUCAGGUUCAAACAUUUUUUUUCCAGUAUUGCUGUCCUCCUUGAUGUUGCAAAUUGCAGAAUAGCUAGAUGACAUCUGGUAAAGGGUUUGAGUCUCCAUGUUCUGUUAGUUGUCACUGAUAUUUCUUACACUGAAAUCUGCUGGCUUCUUCCCCAUGCUCCAUGUAAGAAAUAGCAACUGACACAAGUCAACUCAACAGAAACUUUCUUCCAUGUUCUGUUCAGUCAAUACAGCAUUCAUGAAUCAAGCCUAUGGACUCAAUUCAGACCUAUUUAGUCAAUGCAAAAAUUGAUAUUUAAAUACUGGCUAGAUGCAUUCCUGCUGGUCUGUCUUCUCAUCCUUAAAUUAUUGGCAUGGGGUGAGAAAUGACUGUAAGCCUUUCUUCAAAAGGAAUAAUACUGUCACCAUCUCCUUGAAAUGCUGUUCUGGGUUUCUUCCAUGUAUUGUGGCUAGACUCAGUUACACUCACUCUACAUCUGUCAUCCUUUCCCUCCCUGGUACUGGAAUAGUGAAAAUGAAAGUGUUGAUUUCAGUGGUUUUGUUUAUAUUGGAACACUUGUGAUCAUGUUGGAAAAUGGGAACAUCUGUAUCUGUCUCUUGUGAUGCUGAAGAUGAAAACUUUUGAGUAAGGAUGGGUCACAUCACACAAUCAUGACUUGGAACAGGUGAGGCAUAGAUGCUACCUCUCAAUGAUUAGCUGACUUGUGAGUUGUAUGGUGUCAAAAAAGCAAAUGAAAUUAAGCAGUUGCCACAUCUGUUACACAAUUUUAUAUGUACUUUUUCUGAUGCACAGCAACCUAGCACAUGGGGAUGCAUGUUGAGUUUUGCUGUCAGUUAUGAGAUGGUGGUCAUGUAUUGAUCAACAAAGACCAGUCUAGAAGUGGAAAAGUCAGUACUUAGCAGGUCCUCUUGUCAGCUGACUGAACUGAGGUUUCUGAUGCAGUUUAAGUGCAGUUGCCAAAAAAACACUUCUGUCACUGCUGUGGAAAGUAACUGUCUCUUCUAUUUGUGGAGUCCCUCAAUGAAUGAUGGCAUCUCCUAUUUUGAAGGAGUAGUGACUGUACCUUGUUAACUGGAUGCUUAAAACAGUUACUUGAAAUGAAUAUGCUAUGAGGUUGUUCAAUGCACACUGCAGCACUAAAUUAACAAAUGAUGUUUCUUGAGGUGAGUAGUGAAUACUACUCAGUACUUAGUAUUGUAAUUUGAAAAACAUUUUUUAACAUGUACUAGAUUGCCUUGUGCAUUCCACCUCUGAACUCUGGA